AAGCCAUUUUGUUCACCACAUCUCUCCUCCUCCCUCCAGCGCCUCUCUCAACCAGAAGACCUUCUCUCAUUCGCUUUCUUUCUCUACCUCACAGCCUGGUAAUUACAACUAACAAGUUUUUUCAGCUGCCAUGGCGGUGGCAGAGCUAACAUCCCCUGCAUCUGCAUAUACCCACACCACUACUCGUCUCCGCUCUUCUUCCCAGCUCUCACUUUCUUCCACCCAUCUCUCUCUUCGCUUUCGCCGCUCCUUUAGUCCUCGAAACACUACUAUCACUUGCUCUAUAAAUCAAGUUCAAGCCCCAGUUCCAGUCCAGACCCAAAAGCCCAAGGACAAGUCUGAAUGCUUUGGUGUUUUCUGCCAAACAUAUGAUCUCAGGGCUGAAGAGGAGACAAAAUCAUGGAAGAAACUAAUUAAUAUAGCAGUUUCUGGUGCUGCUGGGAUGAUAUCUAAUCAUCUACUUUUUAAACUUGCAUCUGGCGAGGUUUUUGGGCCAGAUCAACCAAUCGCAUUAAAACUGUUGGGAUCUGAAAGAUCAUUUCAAGCUCUUGAAGGAGUUGCAAUGGAACUUGAGGAUUCGUUGUAUCCUUUGUUGAGGGAGGUGAGCAUUGGAAUAAAUCCUUAUGAAGUGUUUGAAGACAUUGAAUGGGCUUUGUUGAUUGGAGCAAAGCCACGAGGGCCUGGCAUGGAACGAGCCGGCUUACUAGAUAUCAACGGGCAGAUUUAUGCUGAGCAGGGAAAGGCUCUCAAUGCUGUUGCAUCUCGCAAUGUCAAGGUGAUAGUAGUGGGUAACCCUUGUAACACCAAUGCUUUAAUUUGUUUGAAAAAUGCUCCAAAUAUACCUGCAAAGAAUUUCCAUGCUUUGACUAGGUUAGAUGAGAACAGGGCAAAAUGCCAGCUUGCCCUAAAAGCAGGUGUGUUCUAUGAUAAAGUGUCAAAUGUGACCAUCUGGGGAAAUCACUCAACCACUCAGGUUCCAGACUUUCUAAAUGCUAGAAUCAAUGGUUUACCUGUAAAAGAGGUUAUCAAAGAUCACAAGUGGUUAGAAGAGGAGUUCACUGAGAUAGUCCAGAAGAGAGGUGGAGUGCUUAUUCAGAAAUGGGGACGAUCUUCCGCUGCAUCAACUGCUGUGUCCAUUGUUGAUGCUAUAAAGUCUCUAAUAAUCCCCACCCCUGAGGGUGAUUGGUUUUCUUCUGGAGUCUAUACUAAUGGAAAUCUUUAUGGCAUUGCAGAGGGUCUAGUUUUCAGCAUGCCUUGCAGAUCAAAAGGAGAUGGUGAUUAUGAAAUUGUCAAAGAUGUAAUAUUUGAUGACUACCUUCUAAAGAAAAUCACUAAGACAGAAGGUGAGUUGCUAGCUGAGAAAAGAUGUGUGGCCCACCUUACCGGAGAGGGUAUAGCUUUCUGUGAUCUACCAGAAGACACUAUGCUUCCAGGAGAAAUGUAAUAUUACUGUGACGCAGCUAUUGGGUUCUAGAAUUUUUCUACAGCUACUUGGUACGAAGCUGAUGCUGUAAUUAUGAACAUAAGUAUUUAUUUAGAAUUUAUGAGAAUAAUUUAGCUGGUAGUAGCUAGCAAUUUGUCAGUUUUAAGUCAUGUAAUAAAUUUUGAGAUUAUGAUCAUUAUUAGUGGUAUGGCAUGGAGCUGGUAUUGGUGUA